AGCAGAUAAUGAGGUGAAGGACAGCAGGGAAGAAGAGAGAGAGAGAGAGAGAAGAGAUAGACACUCGAGAUGGCUGACGUGCAGUCUCGGGAUGCGGCGCAGUAUUAUAGCCUGCCCGAUCUCUACCCGGAAGAGUGGCCCGCAGAGCUAGACUCCGACAGCGAGGGUGAAGGCGAAGCUCCCUCGAGGAGCGAUGACUACCGCCGUCGGUCACAGAUACGAUACUCUGGCUUGAUUCCCGGCAGGAGAGAUCAGGAGAAGUUCAAGGGUGGCGAUGGCGCAGCGCUGAAGGACGAACCUGACCCCCUGGGAGGGCCGGACACGAUCCUAAGGACGCUGAGGAUACGCGGGCUCCCCGUCGACGAUGAGCGGGUGCGGAAGCAGUUUCUGCUCUCUUCCAAAGGCUUUUCGGCUUCCGAAUUCCUCUCCGCAACCCAGGAGUCAGCCUCGACUCAGUCACUGCUUCAGGGACUCGACUACCUGUCGAGGUCCAUCGAUGAGAAGUCUGCCUCGCUGAAGAUGCUGGUCGAGUCGAAUUUUGAGAGGUUCGUGCGAGUCAAGGCAACGCUGGAUAACGUCUAUACUGAGAUGAAGAAUAAUGGUGGUGAAUCGAAUUCGCGGCUCCACCGAUCACAAUCCGGUGAACACCGCAGGUCAGGAUCCCAGCUAGGCUCCUCGUCCAACACAAGCCUAUGGCGAUCAAAGAGUAAGAUGGCUCUUCGACCAGAUGCACCCAGUUCUGGAAGCUUGACAAACGUUUCGGGCAUCAGUACGCCAUUGGCAGAGGCAUCUGAGCAAGCUAGGGAGCUAUGGAGUGAAGCAUUGAAUGGUCAGCAGCGUGAAGAGGGCUUAAAGUGUAUUUUGGAUGCAGUCGAAAAGCAGCGCGAGUUAUACGAAAUUGGAGGGCAGCUGUCAAAGUCUAUUCAAGAACGCGACUACGCAACCAUCUUUGACCAGUAUAACAGCGCUAGAAGGUUCGCAAACGAGGCAAAGGCUGUUGCAGAACGGGCAGCAUCGACCAAGCAGCAACUAAGGGACGACCAGGUUUAUACAAUCUUAGUCACUGGAAGAAUGUGGAUGGACGUUGAAAAACAGAUACAGACAUUCAAGCGUGAUUUAUGGAAACGACUUAGCAACGCGCAGUCCACUUCCCCGAGUGGUACGGGCGGAGUGCAAGCUGAAGAGCAUAUGGAACUUAUAGCCGCCCUUCUCGAACUUGGGGUAGAGGAUAACCCAGUCUGGGUUUGGCUCCUUAGUCGAUAUGACUAUCUAAAGACAAAAAUAACCGUCUUCUGUCAACGAUCGAGGUUUGAGAUCGAAACCCUAAGGCGUAGGCUUGCGGCUGGGAAGAAGCCUGAACCACAGCGUAUUGCUCCCUACCUUCGAACCUCUCUACAAGAAGGUUCAAGAACUAGCAGGCAUAACCUUGAUUCGGAAUCCGUAAUCGAAUUAUGGGAGUGUAUACAUACCUUCCUGAAGAAAUUGCUUUCAGUUCAAGGGGGGAUUCUUGGGGAUGUACUUGGAUUCUGGGACUCAACACAAUCCUUCCUUGAUGGCAGUAAGCAAAGACUCUUGCCCGCCGGAUUCGAAGGUGAGAGCCGAAAACAUCACCGCUUAUCUGCCAACGGCGUGAAUGACCUCAAAGAUGGUAUCAUCGAGCUUAUGGGCCUGAUUCGUGACAAUGUGGUCUCUGUUUUUGCCGAACCUCCCCCAGAAGAUUUGGUUUCCCUUAUCCCUUCUUCUCAACCAACAAGUCCAACUGUACCCUUUGUUGGUUUAACAUCGGAGUCUCGCUCCAUGGUCGAUCCACAUAAUAUCCCUCCUGUUCCAGAGAAAACGGGCCAACCCUGGGAUGAUUUCGCAUUUUGGCCGCCUUACUCCAACUCUCUAAGCGGAGUGCACUACCUUGGCGAAUUUUUGAUACUAAUAGGGACUGCUGCAAGUGAAAUGGCCGCCCUAAGCCCUAUAUCAGGCCACAGCGGUUCAUACGAUAGACUCAAACUCCUUGUGGGCGGGACCCGUGAAAGAUGUGCUCGUGCCGCAUGUGCCGCAUGGAACAGCGAUGCCGAAUUAUGCAAAUAUCUUGAAGACUGGACGCGACACCCAUCAAUUAAAAGCUUGAGUAAAAUGCCUAGCCAUUUUAUGACAUUUGAGUCCUCGAUCCUUUCAGGUAUGCAGAAAAUAUUAUAUAUUUCUGAAUCAAUGAAGCCCGGUGCGGUAGAUGUUGUUACACCUCCGCCAGCGAAGCUCCUCCAGAUGGUGAGGACGCAGUUUGUGGCUAGCGUAUACAAAGCCUUGAGUGGCCUUGUUGAGAAUGCAGAGCACCCAGUCAACGUUGAUAAUGAUGUUGAAUGGGUACUUCCCAGCCCUGAAGCUACAGCUACAGGGCCAGAUGUUCAUUCAUCAGUCUUCGCAAGCGGAGGAGUUGACUCCAAAAACAGGAACGUCCGUAUACUUUUGACCCUAUCAAACCUCAAAGCUCUUCGCGCUGAACACGUACCCCAACUCAUCGCUACGUUCGAAUCAUCAUUUGCCGUAAAGCUAACAGACGAAUCAAAAACUAUCCAAGAUGUACUUGGUCAAAUUGACACUCGCCUGUUCCAAUCAUAUGUGAAGCCAAUAGUCGACAGCCUAAAACAAACCAUCCUUGACGGAAUAGCAUCUCCUGAUUGGGUUCCAGCAAAUAGCCGCCCAGAUCAGAUUCGACCAUAUGUAUAUUCAAUCAUGCUCUCACUCGUGAUGGUUCACAAUGAGGUCUCUACUACCCUACCAAUAGGAGGCCCAACAACUCCUCAGCCAUCGUCCUCAUCCAACCUAACAUAUAAAAUUUUGGCCGAACUACUUACACAGGUCUCCAGUGCUCUUCUGGAGGCAUUCAUGGGACGGCCUCAAUAUACUCUACCCGCUCUCAUGCAAGCUACUUUGGAUACAGAGUUUAUUGCUCAAACAUUGUCUCAGUAUUCCACCGAUGCAGCAUCCAAGGUGCAAGGCCAGAUAUAUCUCGAGUUAGACCGCAGGACGACUAAUGAUGCUCGUGCAAAGCUGCAAGCAGAACUCGGGGAGAUGCGUGGUGUAUUGAAGAGGCUGAGGGAGGCAACUCGUGGAGAAUUCGCAUGUUUCAGAAAACCAAAGAAUCCCAGUUCCUCCAAAUAG